GUGCCAACCCAAGCGCCAAGCGCAUUGUUUCAAAGGAGCGUCAAUGAAAGCAUGAAACCUCAAACCUUCCUCACCUACUCACCCAUCACCAGUCCAACUCCAACACCUCAAAUCCCUACUCUUUCAGCCUCUCGCUCUCUCCGUCUCUCCGCCUGUUCCCCGCAGAUCUUCUCUCAGUCUCCGAUGGACAAAAACACGUCUCUUCUGCUCUUCGCAGCGGCUAUGCUAUUAUGCGCGGAGUUCCCCUUUUCCAUGGCCACAAAGCGUUGCCCAGACUGUGGCACCACCCCCGUGCCGUACCCACUCAGCACCGAAACCGACUGCGGCGAUCAAUCGUACAAGAUCCGGUGUGUAUCCGGCACGCUUCUAUUCGACGCCCUCAACGGAUCUUCCUACACCAUCACAUCCAUCUCCCCGGAGAACCAACGGUUAGUGAUCAGCCCGGCUAGCUUCGCCGGCAAUACUUGCGUGACUACCGAUAUCGUAAGCGAAGGCCUGCACCUCAAUAGCAGCCUUCCUUUCAACAUCACCAGCAGCAACACCAUUAUGUACCUCAACUGCACCGAUAUUUUGUUGCGAUCACCGUUGGAUUGUUCUUCCACUAGCCUCUGCCACACCUACAUAAACAAUACUGCUGAGGCAGCGCCAUGUGAGAACGCUCCAAUCUGCUGUAGUUUCAGGACCGGUGGAUCCACCACCUCUUAUAUGAUCAGGGUUCGGGAUGCAGGGUGCAGGGCCUACCGGAGCUUUGUGAAUUUAGAUCCUUCCUUGCCCGUGAGUAGGUGGCCGCAACCGGGGUUGGAGAUGGAGUGGGCGUUACCGAAAGAACCCAUUUGCCGGUCGCAGGCAGAUUGUGACGAGGGAUCGAAUUCCACAUGUUCGUCGGACCCUGCUGAUCCCCGGCUCAGCAGGUGCUUCUGCAGGGCCGGGCUCCAGUGGGACCCCAUCAACGGAUUCUGUGCUAAUAUUUGAGCAUUCCGUGAUUCCAACUUUUCCCUUUUCAUAAUCAGAGUAUUGGAUUAUGUAGCAUCAUGAAAA